UCAGAGCAAGCAGAGCUCGUCCUACUCGGACAGAGACACCACGGAGGACGACUGCGAGUCUCUGGAGGACAUGGACUUCCUGAGCCGGCAGAAGAAGCUGCAGGCCGAGGCCAAGCUGGCGCUCGCGAUGGCCAAACCCAUGGCCAAGAUGCAGGUGCAGGUGGAGAAGCAGAACCGCAAGAAGUCCCCGGUGGCAGACCUGCUUCCUCACAUGCCACACAUCAGUGAAUGUCUGAUGAAGAGGAGUUUGAAGCCCACAGACCUCAGAGACAUGACACUGGGACAGCUGCAGGUCAUCGUCAACGACCUGCACUCACAGAUCGAGGGUCUGAAUGAAGAGCUGGUGCAGUUGCUGCUGGUGCGGGACGAGCUUCAGAUGGAGCAGGACGCCAUGUUAGUGGACAUCGAGGACUUCACCAGGCACGCUCAGAGCCAGCAGAAACACCUGGCAGAGAAAACGCCAACUAAAUGAAGAACCCUCCACACCAUCAGAUCAGAUCACACACCUUUCCUUUGCUUCUGUGGUUCAUCAUAACACACACGGGACGUCCCACACACUCCAGCGCUCGGCCUUCGCUCACUCAUCCGCUGCCGUCUCUUACCGUUGCCACUAAAUUAUAACCGUCAAAGCAUACAAUGAGAAAUUGAAUUCAAGUUUUAGAAAAGAAGAAGAAAAAGAGUGUUCUGAACAGCCGUGAUUUCCCCGUGUCGUGCUCCAGGUGGACAGUGUGUGUGUGUGUGUGUGUGUGUGUGUGUGUGUGUGUGUGUGAGGAGGGAAGCACGCCUGCCUUGUACUCGACCUGUAGCUUUCGGUGACGUUCACUCCGACUGGUUUUCAACGGUUCGUGAAUGUUGAUUCUGACACGAGUCAUUUGAAUAAUAAUAAGUGUGUUAAUAUCAUUUUCAUUCUAUUGUAUUGAGAUUGUUUAUUUGAGGGAGAUGCUUAUGUACAGAUAUGUAUAAAAUAAGAAAAAUAAAACUUGGUUUCAUACAC